UUCUUUUCCCGGCAAGAUGGCGGGGGGCGAGGCUGGUGUGACUUUGGGACAGCCACAUCUUUCUCGCCAGGAUCUCGCCACAUUGGACGUUGCCAGGUUGACUCCACUCUCGCACGAAGUUAUCAGCAGACAAGCCACAAUUAAUAUAGGUACAAUUGGUCAUGUUGCCCAUGGAAAAUCUACUGUUGUAAAAGCUAUUUCUGGAGUUCACACUGUCAGAUUCAAAAAUGAACUAGAAAGAAAUAUUACAAUCAAGCUUGGAUAUGCUAAUGCCAAGAUUUACAAACUUGAUGAUGCAAGUUGUUCUCGACCAGAAUGUUAUAGAUCUUGUGGAAGUAGUACACCUGAUGAGUUUCCUACAGACAUUCCAGGGACCAAAGGGAACUUCAAACUAGUCAGACAUGUUUCCUUUGUUGACUGUCCUGGCCAUGACAUUUUGAUGGCUACUAUGCUGAAUGGUGCAGCAGUGAUGGAUGCAGCUCUUCUGUUAAUAGCUGGUAAUGAAUCCUGUCCUCAACCUCAGACUUCUGAACACCUGGCUGCCAUAGAAAUUAUGAAACUGAAGCAUAUUUUGAUUCUACAAAAUAAAAUUGAUUUGGUAAAAGAAAGUCAGGCUAAAGAACAGUAUGAACAGAUCCUUGCAUUUGUACAAGGUACAGUAGCAGAAGGAGCUCCUAUUAUUCCAAUUUCUGCUCAGCUGAAAUAUAAUAUUGAAGUUGUCUGUGAGUAUAUCGUUAAUAAAAUUCCAGUACCUCUAAGAGACUUUACUUCAGAGCCCCGACUUAUUGUUAUUAGGUCCUUUGAUGUCAACAAACCUGGCUGUGAAGUUGAUGACCUUAAAGGUGGUGUGGCUGGUGGUAGUAUUUUAAAAGGAGUAUUAAAGGUGGGCCAGGAGAUAGAAGUCAGACCUGGUAUUGUUUCCAAAGAUAGUGAAGGAAAACUCAUGUGCAAACCAAUCUUUUCCAAAAUUGUAUCACUUUUCGCGGAACACAAUGAUCUUCAGUAUGCUGCUCCAGGGGGUCUUAUUGGAGUUGGAACAAAAAUUGACCCCACUCUGUGCCGGGCUGACAGAAUGGUGGGGCAAGUGCUUGGUGCGGUUGGUGCUUUACCUGAGAUCUUCACAGAAUUGGAAAUUUCCUAUUUCCUACUUAGACGACUUCUUGGUGUACGCACAGAAGGAGACAAAAAAGCAGCAAAGGUGCAAAAGCUGUCUAAGAAUGAAGUGCUUAUGGUGAACAUAGGAUCCCUUUCAACAGGAGGAAGAGUUAGUGCAGUAAAGGCUGAUUUGGGUAAAAUAGUUCUCACUAAUCCUGUGUGCACAGAAGUGGGAGAAAAAAUAGCCAUUAGCCGAAGAGUUGAGAAACACUGGCGUUUAAUUGGUUGGGGUCAGAUAAGAAGAGGAGUAACCAUCAAGCCAACAGUAGAUGAUGAUUGAAGAUUAUCAGUUAAAUAAUACAUUUGGAUGAAGUUAGAAUUUCUCUUAGCAACCUAGUGGUAUAAUUUCAGAGCAAUACUGGGGAUACAGUUCAUUACAUUAGUAGAAACCGUAAGGUUGUUUUCAUUUUCUUCUGAUGAAAAUUAGCUUCUACUACUAAAAUAAAUAAUAGGGUCUAUAACAGAUGUCAGAAUUAGCAUGUUGAUGGAUUUAAUCCACAUUUUAGCAGUAAUUGAUCAUUAAACAGUGUCACAUUUGUGCAUCAAUUCAGGUUUGAAGUGAAAGUGCUGUUACAACCAGCCUUUGCUAUUGCAUACAUACCACUGACCCUGUUUGAAAUAAAGU